AUGGGCGGCUGCAGCAUCCUCCUCCUCCUCCUCCCUCGCCGGCUCCCCGGCCGUACCUGCGGCCGCGCCGCGUCCUCGCUGAGCGCUCUGCGGCCGGCGGAGACGCUGCCCGGGCCGCCCAGCUGGCCGCUCAUGGGCAGCCUGCCCGAUGUGCUCUGGAAAGGGGGGCUCAAGAGGCAGCACGAGACGCUGGCUCAGUACCACCGGAGGUUCGGGAAGAUUUUCCGCAUGAAGCUGGGCGCGUUCGACUCGGUGCACAUCGCGGCUCCCUGCCUGCUGGAGGCUCUGUACCGCCGCGAGAGCGCCUGCCCCCAGCGCCUCGAGAUCAAGCCCUGGAAAGCCUAUCGCGACUAUCGCGACGAGGGCUACGGGCUGCUCAUCCUGGAGGGAAAGGACUGGCAGAGGGUGAGAAGCGCCUUUCAGAAGAAAUUAAUGAAGCCCAGGGAGGUUGUGAAACUGGAUACGACGAUCAAUGAGGUCCUGGAGGAUUUUAUGCACAGAAUAGAUGAAAUUUGUGACCACAAUGGACAGAUGGAAGAUGUCUAUUCAGAAUUCAACAAAUGGUCUUUUGAAAGUAUCUGUCUGGUGCUGUAUGGAAAGAGGUUUGGCCUCCUGCAGCAGGACGUGGAAGAAGAAAGUCUGAACUUCAUCAAGGCUGUAAAAACGAUGAUGGCCACUUUUGGGAUGAUGAUGGUGACCCCCGUGGAGCUGCACAAGGGGCUCAACACCAAAGUCUGGCAAGCUCACACCAAAGCAUGGGAUGAUAUCUUUAAAACAGCCAAGCACUCCAUCGACUGCCGGCUGCAGAAGCACUCAGCCAACCCCCAGGAGGAUUUGCUGUGUGACAUCUACUCGGGGGGACACCUGUCCAGGAAGGAGCUCUAUGCUGCCAUCGCAGAGCUGCAGAUCGCUGGAGUGGAGACGACAGCCAACAGUUUGCUGUGGGCUCUGUACAACCUUUCCCGCAAUCCACACGUCCAGCAGAAGCUUUUCCAGGAAAUCCAGAGAGUUUUGGCUGCUCAGGAGAACCCAAGUGCUGAGAGCCUGAGGAAUAUGCCUUACCUAAAAGCCUGCCUCAAAGAAUCCAUGAGAUUAACUCCAUCAGUGCCUUUCACCACUCGCACCAUCGACACAGAAAUGGUUCUGGGAAAUUACGUGCUGCCCAAAGGGACGGUGCUGAUGAUCAACAGCCACGCCCUGGGAUGCAGUGAGGAAUAUUUCAGGGGCUGGGCUGAGUUCAGACCCGAACGUUGGCUGCUCAAGGGCUCCAUCCAUCCCUUCUCCCACGUGCCCUUCGGCCUCGGCAAGAGGAUGUGCGUGGGGCGCCGCGUGGCAGAGCUGCAGCUGCACCUGGCCCUGUGCUGGCUGCUCCGUAAGUACCACAUUGUGGCCACGGACAGGGAGCCGGUGGAGACGCUGCACUCGGGAAUUCUCAUCCCCAGCCGAGCUCUGCCCAUCGCCUUCCACCCACGAGCAGGUUGGUGCAGCUCUUUUGGGACCUGA